AUGCUUUUCAAUGUGCUCUUCAACAUGCUCUUCACUAGUCAUGUAUCUUACUCCUCAUUAUAUAAAUCGUCAACCCUUACCGUUCUGUUUCGCGCUUUCCUCACGCUAUCACACCAUCCCCACUACAUCCUACGAUUGACACAGCCACCAUCGUCCAUCGCCUCUCUCGUUUACAGGGACCCUCAUGCCUUUUGCCCCUCCGUGCACACAUUGGUGGUUAAACGUGCUUGUGCACUGUGUCCAGGAUUUCGUUUUAAACCUACUGAUGUUGAGUUGGCUAUGUACUACCUCAAGAAGAAGCUAUUAGGUAAAAAGCUUCACCCCGAAGUUAUUGCAGAGAUUAAUAUAUAUGAUUUCAGCCCAUGGGAUCUUCCAGCCAAAUCCAUCUUGAGUGGUGAUCUAGAGUGGUACUUCUUCUGCUCACAAUCGAAAAAGUAUUCAAGUGGGACCCGCACAAACCGUGCAACUGAAACCGGUUACUGGAAAGGAACCGGAAAAGAUAGAUAA